AGCACUUAGCCUUUUGUACCAUCUCUAUCCGGCGUCAUCUUUUGCAAAUUUUAACGCCAAUUCUUCUUUGAUUUGAUUUGUGUGAAUAAUUAGUUACUCGAUUGUUCGAAAGGCAAAUUAGUCACGAAAUGGCUGCAUCUAUUGAUGGCAUAUUGCCUAAGACUUUGCAAGAACUAGUUAAGUCAUCAAAAGUUCUUGUCGUGGGUGCCGGUGGCAUCGGCUGCGAGGUGCUGAAAAAUCUCGUCCUUAGCGGUUUUCUCGAUAUUGAAAUUAUUGAUCUCGACACAAUUGACUUGAGCAAUUUAAAUCGACAAUUCCUAUUCCAUCGGGAACAUGUGGGCAAAUCCAAGGCGAAUGUAGCCCGUGAAAGUGCUCUAAGCUUUAAUCCGGAUUCCAAAAUAAUUGCCCAUCAUGAUAGUGUAACAUCCGCUAAAUAUGGUGUGAAUUUCUUUAAGAAAUUUAAUGUAGUUUUGAGCGCCUUGGAUAAUCGUGCUGCUCGCAAUCAUGUUAAUCGCAUGUGUCUCAAUGCUGAUGUACCACUAAUUGAAAGUGGAACCUCUGGAUAUAAUGGUCAAGUUGAGAUUAUUAAGCGCGGGCUAACGCAAUGCUAUGAGUGUACACCAAAGGAAAAGCAACGCAGUUUUCCAGGAUGCACAAUAAGGAAUACACCAUCGGAACCCAUUCAUUGUAUUGUAUGGGCUAAGCAUUUGUUUAAUCAACUUUUUGGAGAAUCGCUGGAAGAUGAGGAUAUAUCACCGGAUUCAGCCGAUCCAGAAGCCCAGGAUAAAAAAGAUGAUGCUAAGGAAGAUGAAGUUAAUGCAAUUGAAGCUAAUGAAAAUGAAGCUAAUGAAAAUGAAGCUAAUGAAAAUGAAGCUAAUAAAAAUGAAGCUAAUGCAAAGAAAGCUAAUGAAAACGAAGCUACUGGAAAAGAAACUAAUGAAAAUGAAGCUAAUGAAAAAGAAGCAACUGAAGGUGAUGCUAACGAAAAAGAAGCAAAUGAAAAAGAAGCAACUGAAGGUGAAGCUAAAGAGCAAAAGAAAGAAGAUAAGCAGGAUGAUGGCAACAUUGUACGGAUUAACACCCGUCAAUGGGCCAAAGAUUGUGAAUAUGAUCCAACUAAGUUGUUUAACAAAUUCUUUAAUGAGGAUAUCAAUUACUUGCUUCGCAUGUCGAAUCUGUGGGAAUCUCGUAAGGCUCCAACUCCAAUUGAAUGGUCAUCGCUACAGCCAGUCGAGGGCGAAGUAUCUGAAUACGGGAAACAGCAUCAUAGAAUUUGGUCCAUAGGAGAAUGCUCUCAAAUUUUUGCAAAUACUCUGAAAGACCUAAGUUCGGCAUUUCUCAAUUUAGAAGGAGAUGAUACUUUGGUCUGGGAUAAAGAUGAUCAACCGGCAAUGGACUUUGUUUCAGCCUGCGCUAAUAUACGUUCGCACAUCUUUGAUAUAGAGAAAAAAUCUCGUUUUGAGAUUAAAUCUAUGGCUGGAAAUAUAAUCCCAGCCAUAGCUACUACAAACGCAAUUACUGCUGGGUUGUCGGUGAUGAGAGCAUUUAAUGUCCUUCAAAGCAAGUGGAAACAAUGCAAUUCAGUGUAUGCUCGUCUACGCACAAAUGGUCGUAAUCAGUUCCUGGUACCGGAUACCUUUUUCCCGCCACCCAAUCCUAAUUGUUAUGUGUGUGCCAGUGAUCCGGCCAUCAUUCUCAAAGUUGAUACGAAACGUAUUACCAUUAAGGAUCUUCGUGAUGAAAUAUUAAUUAAAACACUAAACAUGGUGGAUCCGGAUGUUACUGUCGAUCGAACCGGUUCCAUUUUGCUUUCCUCGGAGGAGGGCGAGACCACGGAAAAUGAGGGAAAACUUUUGAGCGAAAUGAACGUUGUUGAUGGCGUGAUAUUGGAAUGCGAUGAUUUCCAUCAGAAUUACAAACUGAGAAUUAUCAUAAAUCACUUUGAUGCAGACCGAGAGGAUAAUCUAUUCGAAGUUGUAGCCGAUAAAAGCCAAUUGCAACCAAAGGAUGAAAUUAAAGAAGCCGAGGACAAGCCAGUGGAGGAGAAGCGAUCUCGCAAGCGUUCUGCCAAUGGUAAUGAUAGCCCAGACGAUGGACCCUCCACUUCAAAACGAUCACGCCCCGAUCCUGAGGAGGACGAUUGCAUGGUCAUUGAAGACGACGAUGAUGAUGUGGUUAUCACAUCGCCUCCCGAUAAUGAUAGCGAUCCAAGUCCUCCUUCUCCUAAGAAGCCAGAAACAGGCUGUAAGCGCAAAGCCAGCACGGAUAUAACAGAAAUUUUGGACUCAUCUGAUGAGGAUGAUGACGACAACACCCAACCCAAAAAGACCAAGCUGGAUGAUACUCCUUCGGAUGUCAUAAAUAUCGAUUAAACAUUUACAUUCUCAAAAUAAUGGAAACAUGUAUUUAAAACAUUAAAUAAAACAAAUCGAUUUUUCUUUUGAA